GAACCCUAUACAAAGGGGCGGUUCCACUUGCACCGGUCCAGUAUACUCCAGACCACAGGGCCGUGGGUGCGACCUCCUCUCGAAGAUGAUGAACGGGAUGCGGAACUGGUGUGCCUUGGUGGACGUGCACUCGGAGGGUCAGCCCGCGGGCAGCGUGGACAUUCUCAGGCUGACUCUCCAGAGUGAACUGACAGGAGAUGAACUUGAACACAUAGCCCAGAAGGCGGGCAGGAAGACCUAUGACAUGGUGUCCGACAGCUCCUCUGGUCAUUCUCUGGCUUCAGAACUGGUGGAGUCCAACGACGGGCAUGAAGAGAUCAUUAAGGUGUACUUGAAAGGGAGGUCUGGAGACAAGAUGAUUCAUGAGAAGAACAUCAACCAGCUGAAGAGUGAGGUCCAAUACAUCCAAGAGGCCAGGAACUGCCUGCAGAAGCUCCGGGAGGAUAUAAGUAGCAAGCUUGACAGGAAUCCAGGAGACCCUUUGCAUCGACAGGAGAUACAGGUGGUAUUAGAAAAGCCAAAUGGCUUUAUUCAGGAUCCCACAACCCUGUAUAACAGCCCAUCUGAGGCGGACACCUACAUAAAUGAAGAUGUCGAGAGCUUGAGGCGGACGGUACAGGACUUGCUUGCCAGGCUGCAGGAGGCUGAGCGGCAACACCAGUCAGACCGUGUGGCUUUUGAGGUCACACUUAGCCGGUAUCAGCGAGAAACAGAACAGAGUAAUGUGGCCCUUCAGAGAGAGGAAGACAGAGUGGAGCGGAAAGAGGCAGAAGUCGGGGAGUUGCAGAGGCGCCUGCUGGGGAUGGAGACGGAGCAUCAAGCCUUACUGGCGAAAGUCAGGGAAGGGGAGAUGGCCUUAGAAGAGCUUCGGAGCAAGAAUGCUGACUGCCAAGCAGAACAAGAGAAGGCUGCUGCUCUGGAAAAGGAAGUGUCUGGGUUGCGGGAGAAGAUCCACCACUUGGAUGACAUGCUCAAGAGCCAGCAACGGAAAGUUCGGCAAAUGAUAGAGCAGCUCCAGAAUUCGAAAGCUGUGAUCCAGUCAAAGGAUGCCACCAUCCAAGAGCUCAAGGAGAAAAUUGCCUAUCUGGAGGCAGAGAAUUUAGAGAUGCACGACCGGAUGGAGCACUUGAUAGAGAAGCAGAUCAGUCAUGGGAAUUUCAGCACCCAGACCCGGGCCAAGACAGAGAACCUGGGCAGCGUCAGGAUAUCCAAGCCCCCCAGCCCUAAGCCUUUGCCUCUUAUUCGAGUGGUGGAAACCUGAGCUGCCAGGAGAUGGAUGCCGCCAUUGCUGCCGUCUAUGUCCUACAGAGAAGCCCAUCACCCUUGUAGGCUGUUGAUACUGACUCUGACUUGCUGACUGUACCCUGGUUGCUCCAGGUCUUGGAUUCAUGUCCUAAGCACCUAUUCUCUGCUUGCUGGGCAGAUGGAGCAUGCCCAUCUCCGCGGACACCACAGCCCUUGGGAAGACAUUUUCUUGCUAGCAGGAGCAGGGCAAUAUCCUUAUUCCCAUUACUGUUUUUCUGUGUAACAGAGCUUCCCCUCUGUGUACACUGGAGUCUAGCUGCCCAAGAAGCCAGGCCUUCAUCAGGUCCAGAGAAGUGAUAAAAUUUGUCUCAGCCCAAAAAGCUGGAAGCACAGAUGUACAGUGAUUGGAGUGUGUCCUGGGGGAAUGAAGUUCCUUCUGCAAACAGCUCUGUUCUUAGCAACAAACUGUUUGUUUUUCUGCUUGCUCCACCCCUGCCCCAUGCUAACCUGGGCCUCCUAUGGAUAACCAGUGGGGGCUACCUGCUGGGCCUGGUCUGAGCAAGUAAACUGGACAAAGGAGUGGCCAUGCAAGGAGUAGCUUUUAGCAGGGUGGGUUCUCUAGGCCCAUGUUCACAUGUCCUCUCUCUGCUGUGAAAACUCCGAGUCUCUUUUGGUUUUCCCCUGCAGCGUACCGACAGGCACACCUGUCUUCCUAACCCAGAGCUGAGAACUGUUUUCAGCGAGUUACAUCAGUCCCAGCAAAUUCCUUACUGUAUUUAUUUUGCUAAGUUAUUGCUGGUUUUGCUUACAUCCUAAUUAAUCUAGUUCCAGUGCUCUGCAGCCUUCCCCUGAGGUACUGGGUGGAGUGUCCUCAUGGGCCUUGCUGAUUUCAGAGUGACAUUGUGCUAGUGCUUCCUCUGCCUAUCCUCUGCUUCUGUUCACUCCUCCUCCAAAGUUGAUAUGUACCUCAGGAGGCUAAUGUCUGUCAUUGAGUGUGUGUUGUUUGGGGAAGGGGGGAAUCAGGACUGCUGGGGACAAGGGUGGGUUCUUCCCCUAACCACUCUGAACCCCUCUGCUCCAAAGUAGGUCUUUAUUCUAGCUCCGAAUGAUCCUGCAGCUCAUCAUGUUUUCUGUCGUAUGGCUGUAGUCUUAGAUCUACUUGGCUCACAACCUGAAGCCUUAAAUCUGUUCCUGUGUGUCAGGACUGGCCCUGGCUUUGUCUGUAUGGUAUUCUAAGACUUUAGGCAGUCUCCUUAUUUGCAAAAUGAGGAGGCUGAGACAGAUGAUCUCCAUAUCCCUUCAAACUCUUGUUUUUAGUUUUCCUGUGACAUAAUCUUUGUAUGGUGACUUUAAUAAAUUAUGUUAAUGUGUCUCUUUGA